UUACAGCUGUUGUUGUUGGUCUCUUUUACCCAGUCUGAGGAGUCAAUUUGCAGACGAAGAGGAGAUUCAGAGAUCCCCCAGCUGUCUAAGGAUGGGGAUAUUAUGUUAGGGGGGAUUUUUUCUUUCCAUAGCAGCUGGAAAAACAUUAAGAACACUUACUCAGAAAAACCUUUACCACUGGAAUGCAUCAGUUUAAAUUUCAGAGAGUUCCAGUUUGCUCAAGCCAUGCGUUUUGCCAUUGAGGAAAUUAAUAACAAUUCAGUUCUACUUCCUGGAAUUUCUCUUGGAUAUAGCAUUCAUGAUACCUGUGGUUCCAUUGCCAGAAGUGUAAAGGUUGCACUAGCCUUGAACAAUGGCAAUGACAAUGCAUCUUCAACCUUGGAUAAGCCGUGCACCAGACAUGCACAGGUCCAGGCUUUAUUAGGAGAAACCUCGUCCUCUCCCAGCGCAGCAAUAGCAACAGUUAUUGGACCAUUGCAUAUCCCGCUUAUCAGCCAUUUUGCUACAUGUGCUUGUCUCAGUGAUAAAACUAAGUACCCAUCCUUUCUUAGAACAGUACCCAGUGAUUACUAUCAGAGCAGAGCUUUGGCUCAUUUGGUCAAACACUUUGGUUGGACCUGGGUUGGAGCUGUGAGGACCAACGAUGAUUAUGGGAACAAUGGCAUGGCAACAUUUACAGAAACUGCAGAGCAACUGGGCAUCUGUCUGGAAUAUUCUGUUUCUUUCUUUAGAACAGAUUCAACAGAAAAUAUUCAAAAAAUUAUUGAUAUUAUCAAGGCUUCAACUUCAAAAGUGAUAGUUGCUUUUCUCUCACAUAUGGACAUGGAUGUGUUUAUGCAUGAACUGUCUUUUCACAACUUGACAGGGUUCCAGUGGGUCGGCAGUGAGUCGUGGAUAUUUGAUUCUCAAAUUGCAGCAAUGGAUAAAAAUCACAUCCUUGAUGGAGCUAUAGGACUUUCUAUCCCAAAAUCAAAUGUCAGUGGUUUGAAAGAGUUCAUGUUUGAUGUAAAGCCACUGAUUUCAUUAAAUAAUGACUUGUUUACGGAGUUCUGGGAGGCAUUAUUCAGCUGUAAAUUCAAGCAAUCACAAUCUGAAGACAUUCAGAGAGAAUGUACUGGACAUGAGGAUCUGACUGGAGUGGAAAACAGCUUCACUGACAUGUCGCUCAUGCCUAUUUUCAGUAAUGUCUAUAAAGGAGUGUAUGCAGUGGCCCAUGCUCUGCACGAUAUUCUCAAUUGUAAUGAAACAUGCAACAACAAUGUACAGUUUGAUCCUCUCAUGAUAUUACAGCACAUAAAGAAGAUUCAUUUUCAAACAAAAGAAGGCCAUGAUGUUUAUUUCAAUGAAAAUGGAGAUCCAGCAGCAAAGUAUGAGAUUAUAAAUUGGCAGCCCAAUGACCAUGGAUAUGUGGACUUUAUCUCUCUUGGGCUUUAUGAUGCAUCAUUGUCUGCAGACAAACAGUUAUAUCUGCAAAAUCUAUCCAUAAUUUGGGCACAGAGGUCGUUGCAGAUGACUGUGUCUGUUUGCAGUGAAAAAUGUCCCCCAGGAACACGCAAGGUUCUACAGAAAGGAAAACCAGUUUGUUGUCAUGAUUGUGUUCCAUGUGCAGAGGGAGAAAUGGCAAACAAUUUAGAUUCUAUCACAUGUGUGAGAUGUCCGCCUGAAUUCUGGUCAAAUGACAGAAGAGAUACUUGUGUAAAGAAAGAGGCUGAGUUUUUACGAUAUGAAGAGAUAAUGGGAGCCCUGUUGACUUCAGUCUCGUUAUUUGGAACAUGUCUGACUGCUGCUGUAGCUGUCAUUUUCUUCAGACACAGGAAAACUCCACUUGUCAGAGCAAACAACUCUGAGUUGAGCUUCCUGCUGCUUUUCUCCUUGACUCUGUGUUUUCUCUGCUCUCUGACCUUCAUUGGCCAACCUUCAGAUUGGUCCUGUAUGCUCCGUCACACAGCAUUUGGCAUCACCUUUGUUCUUUGCCUGUCUUGUGUUUUGGGGAAGACGAUGGUGGUUUUAAUGGCAUUUAAAGCUACACUUCCAGGAACAAAUGUGAUGAAAUGGUUUGGACCUACUCAACAGAGAAUUAGUGUUCUAGGCUUUACUUUAAUACAAGUUAUCAUAUGUAUAGUCUGGUUGACAAUUUCUCCUCCAUUUCCAUUUAAGAAUCUUAAAGAAUACAAUGAUAAAGUCAUCUUGGAGUGUGCUCUGGGCUCAGCUGUAGGCUUUUGGUCUGUACUUGGGUAUAUAGGGCUUCUUGCUAUCUUGUGUUUCAUUUUUGCUUUUCUGGCUCGGAAACUGCCUGAUAAUUUUAAUGAAGCAAAGUUUAUCACCUUCAGCAUGCUGAUAUUCUGUGCAGUCUGGAUCACUUUUAUCCCAGCGUAUGUCAGCUCUCCAGGAAAAUUUAGUGUUGCUAUAGAAAUUUUUGCCAUUCUUGCCUCCAGUUUUGGACUGCUGAUUUGUAUUUUUAUCCCAAAAUGUUAUAUCAUGCUACUAAAACCGGAAAAAAAUACAAAAAAGCACAUGAUGGGGAAGGAUGUAUUUAAAUCAUUCUAA